AUGCAGCUUGCAGAUGUGGACAAGAUCAGGUGCACGAUAUUCAUGCUACAGGACGAUGCACGAGUAUGGUGGGAGGGUGCACGAUUGACAUUGGAUUUGGUUACAUUGACUUGGGCUGAUUUCAAGGAAGUAUUCUAUGAGAAAUAUUUUACAGUCGAUAACAGAACCCGACUGGCGAGGGAGUUCUUGGAGCUUCGCCAAGGAGAUAUGACGGUGGCUGAGUACGUCAGGAAGUUUGAGAGGGGACGCUACUUUGUACCCAUGAUUGCCAGCCAACCAAUCGAGGAGCUGGAGCACUUUACGAAGGGAUUGAGAGCUGUCAUUCGUCAUGAUGUUAGAUUAAGUCGGGUCACUACAUUCAGAGAGGCAGUAGACCAGACAUUGAUGUCUAAAAGGGACAGGAAUGAAAUAAUCAAGGAACCACAGAACAAAAGAUUGAGUUACCAGGGAAGGGAUCAACAAGAGCCGGGCAAGAAGCAGUAUGUUCUUAGUCAGUUUCAGGCUGAAGGUACUGUCUCCAAGAUUGAGAACAAAGUUCGAUGCCUCAAGUGCGAGAAGAUUCAUGCCGAGCAGUGUCUGACGGGUACAGAUGUUUGCUAUCUGUGUAAGAAGACAGGGCAUUUUGUUAGAGAUUGUCCACAGCUCAAGGAGCCAACCAAAAAAAGGGUAUUUGCAAUGACACAAGAGCAGGUGGAUAUGGAUGCGGCUAUCAUCACAAGUAUGAUUUUUGUUGCCAACAUACCAGCUCAUGCAUUAAUAGAUUCUGAAGCUAUCCAUUCUUUUAUAUUUGUGGCUUACAUUGUAAAAUUGGGCAUUACACCUGAACGAAUGUUUAAGGGAUAUAGUGUUUCUUUACCUUCCAGAGAGGAAUUACAUAGUAACAGAGUGGUAAGGAACUACCAGAUGAUGAUGCAAAACCAAACAGUGGAUGCAUAA